CACAUCGGCAACAAACACAUACACACACUCCCUCUUCGAGCCGGACAGCAUAGCCCCUGGCCCGGCAGCCCGGCAGCGGUGAACACAUAGGCUUCCAAACGCCGCAACCCGGACCUAAGAUCCCUUAACUUCUCGGCCAUGGGAGACAUGGGGGAUCCGCCGAAAAAAAAGCGGUUGGUGUCCCUGUGCGUUGGCUGCGGGAACCAGAUCCACGACCAGUAUAUUUUGCGGGUCUCCCCGGACUUGGAGUGGCACGCUGCCUGCCUCAAAUGUGCUGAGUGCAGCCAGUAUCUGGACGAGUCCUGUACGUGCUUCGUCAGGGAUGGAAAGACUUACUGCAAACGUGACUACAUCAGGUUAUACGGGAUUAAAUGCGCUAAAUGCAACAUCGGCUUCAGUAAGAACGACUUUGUGAUGAGGGCCCGCUCCAAGGUCUACCACAUCGAGUGUUUCCGCUGUGUGGCCUGUAGCCGGCAGCUCAUCCCGGGUGACGAGUUUGCUCUUCGAGAAGACGGGCUUUUUUGCCGAGCCGACCACGAUGUGGUGGAACGAGCCAGCCUCGGCCCAGGAGACGCGCUCAGCCCGCUGCACCCAGCCAGACCGCUGCAGAUGGCAGCAGAACCAAUUUCCGCCAGGCAGCCUGCUCUGCGGCCUCACGUCCACAAACAGCCGGAGAAAACCACCCGAGUCCGGACGGUGCUAAACGAAAAGCAACUGCACACACUUCGAACUUGCUACAAUGCCAAUCCGAGGCCCGACGCACUAAUGAAGGAGCAGCUGGUGGAGAUGACGGGCCUCAGUCCGCGCGUGAUCCGGGUCUGGUUCCAGAACAAGCGGUGUAAGGACAAGAAGAGAAGCAUUCUUAUGAAGCAACUGCAACAGCAGCAACCCAAUGACAAGACGAAUAUUCAAGGGAUGACGGGAACCCCGAUGGUGGCGGCGAGUCCAGAACGGCACGACGGCGGCAUCCAGGGCAACCCGGUGGAGGUGCAAAGCUAUCAGCCGCCAUGGAAGGUUUUAAGUGACUUUGCUUUGCAGAGCGACAUCGACCAACCGGCUUUCCAACAACUGGUCAGUUUCUCGGAAGGAGGACCGGGUUCUAACUCGACAGGCAGCGAGGCAGCGUCGAUGUCAUCGCAGCUUCCAGACACGCCGAAUAGCAUGGUAUCCAGCCCCAUUGAGGCCUGAGCUAACGCCAUAUAGGUUGAACGGAACCCACAGCCCUGUUCAUCCCAUCUCUCCCGACUGCACCAACAACCCACUGGUUGUAUUUUGACACUGUGAAGACAAUCACGGAAUUUUACCACCGCUACCCAUUCUAAUGCUCAUGCAGAAGACAAGGCUGAUGUGUCAUCUCGGGCUGCCCCUUAUGCGCCCGGUUACAGUUGCCAAAAAGAGAAGACAUGAACCUGGCUCCAUCGAUAAAUGGGACCAUGAGUAGGAGAUAAUUCAUGUACUUGUGAAAUACUGUGCGCUACUUUGAAUAGAAAACAAUGCCUGGUGAUUUUUUAUUCGGUACACACACCUCAUCAAAUAAUGAAGGGGGAAGAACAUUGCUUUUCUUCAUUUAAUUCCAUGAUUUCCAUGAUUCCAUGACCCAAAUACUAAAGCAUUUUCAACAAGGUAUACCUCUAUUUUGCCACAAGCUUCGUGGGACAUUUAUGUCAUUUGGUGUCCGUCCAGGACCCUCCCACCCCCCAACCCCCAACCCCCAAAGAUCUGUAAAUUAAUAUUAAGUUAAACAUUUCUGUUAACUCUGAAAGACAUGGUUUGUUUGUUUCCAUGCGACUAAAUUAUUUAUUAUUUAUUGUUGACAAAUUUGCCACCUUUUGUGUAAUUUUCUUAACUGAAGUAAAAAGAAACAAAAACACUUGGUUUGUGAACUUUCUGCUCGUCGCAAUUUCGUCGCAAUUUUCACGCUUUUACUAUUUUACUAAUUAAGCCAACAAUAUUGUUUUAAUGACUUACAGAUAAUUCAGCAAGAAUUGUCUUCGAGAUUAUGUUUUUAAUGAACAGUCACACAUGAGAGGGAAAAUCGACUCUGUUAAACAGUUGGAUGUAUAGACCGUGGAUAAGUGGGUGUCAUGGUGAUGCAGAUAUGUCUCAGUUUGCCGUCUGCUACCGGCCUUAGAAAAAACGUGACUGUAUAUCAUACUGACCUAACAGAAAAUUUGAGUCCUUAAAUAUUAUUUUCUUGGAACAAAAGUGAUCCAAUCUGACAGUCAAAUGAAUUCCAAAAUGUACUUUUUGAACACAACGUCUUUAUUUCAAUUCCACCAUCUGUGUUCAUUAAGGAUUGCCCUUGAGGUUUCUAACACAAUAGAAACUGCGCUGGGAACAAUUCAAUAACAAUUUUACAUGUUUUAAGGAACAUUCAAUUGCUGUCACUUCUGACCUUAACUGUCAAAAUGCUCCAUAGUUUGAAUACUAAAAUUAGUAUAAGUGUAUGGUCCCUCUGCUAAUAUAUUAGCAGCCAUAGGUAGUUAUAAAGCUCCAAUCAGAGUUAGAAUUUGAAGGUAAAAGUAUUCAACUUUAUGUUUCUUAAAGAUAGUUGAUCCUUUGGUAUAUGAACUAUAUCAACAUCAUGACCAGGGGUUUUUUUCAUUCUUUCUUUUUUUUUCUUUUUUUUCUUUUUUACCCCUAAAGCAAAAUCAAAAACCUGCUCAUGUGUAUGUUUUUUUUUUAUUACAUAUGGUUGUGCUCUAACAAAUGUAUGUAUAGUUCCUAUGCAAACCUUAAAAAUGUGUAAUCUGGUUGGUUAAUGCAGGCACUGAAAGCAAUAAAUAAUUAUAAAUUUAUCAUUUACUGAAAAUGUGGAAAACAUAAAAUGCCAUGGAGCGCAACAUGUGCUGUCAGAAAGCUCUUACCUCACGUUCUACAAGUUUGUGAAGCUUGUAUUUAUUUAUUUAUUAAUUUAUUUAUUAUAUUUAUUUAGUUAUACUAUAUGCUACUAUACUACUUAAAAUUCUUAGGCAACAGAUGCCAUAGUGGAUUGACUGACCAUGAACAUACCACGAUUUCUUUCCUGCACUUGAGAAUAUCAUAUGUAAAAAGACACACUAGGAAAUUAGAUGUUUUUGUGAUGCGAUUUUAACUCCACCUAGUAUAAUAAAAUAUAAAUACAAUU